AUUACAGUUCACAGUUUCUUCCUCCUCCUCCUCCUCCUCCUCACUAUUUCUUCUCAAAAAAUCUUGACCUGGUGUGUCUCUGUCCUUCGCAUUCGCAACAUCUCCUUAGACACUCAAAAUCACUUUUAAAAGCACUGAUUUCUCACGUAAAUAUUCAAACUCAAAACCCUUUUCCUCUCCAAAAAAAAAGGAAGAAGCCUCAUCCCCCCCACAAACAUUGCUUCUAAUCCUCGCUCCCAAAAUUCCAAAAAAUAAAAUCUCAAAUGAUUUAACAAAAAAAAUUCAAAAUCAAAAUCAAAAUCCGGAAAUCCCCAUUUCUGAUUCCAAUUUGAAGGAAUUAAUUAGGGUUCAAUGGAUCAAAACUACAACGAAUCACAUUCCUACAACAAUCUAAUAACGAACAAAUCAUCUUCAUGGCUCGAAGUCCGGUUAUUCUACGUAAGAAUAACUCCUUGCGUCAUCGAAAGCGUACCAGGCCACCUAACCCUUCGCCAUCUCGGUCGUUCAAUCAGCACUCCACUUGAAAUCAACGGCUCAAAAAUCCCCGCUGCUGAUUCCGCCACCUUAACCCUCCGUCGCGACCGCCUCAACAAGGAAUUGUCAGAGGUCACGUAUGUUAGCACGGACAGCGUGCGAGUCACCUGCGGGGUUGAAUUCGAAGUAUUGGAUAACAAGGAUAUGGUUUUGUGUGGGUCGUUGGAGAGGAUUGAAACGACAUCGUGGGGGAAUAAUGGGAGUGUAGGGGGGUUGGAGAAUGAUGCAAAGACAGGAUGGUGCUUAGAGUGCUGUGUGGCGACUGGUGUUUUUGAAGGGAAAUCGGUGUUUAAAUUGGGGGUUUCGGCGCCCGUGAUCGAGGUUUAUAUUGCUGGUUGUUGUGGAGGUGUUCCGGUGAUUUUGACGAAGACCAUUUUGGUUAGUCCGAGGAAGAAAGCUUCUAGGUAUGCGAUGCUUGAUGCGAUUCCAGAGGAUGAGGAGCUGGACAAUAGGAAGCAAAAUGGUGGUAUUAGUAAUGAGUUGGUACGAGAACGCAAAGUUCAGAUUGCUGAAGCCGAAGGUGAUGAUGGCUAUGAUUCAGAUGAGAAAAUCGGAAACAGAUACUACUCACAAGACAUGUAUUAUGGUGAGGAUGGACAACUUUCAUGGUUUAAUGCUGGUGUGAGAGUUGGUGUUGGAAUUGGCCUUGGGAUGUGCCUUGGUGUUGGCAUUGGUGUUGGACUGCUUAUGCGCUCUUAUCAAGCAACUACCCGGAAUUUUAGGAGGAGCGCCACGAAUAAUAGAUCCUCAACGACAAUGUCACUCCACCACCUUGCCACUAACCCUCCUCCCCCACAACAAAAUCUCCCUCUAGUCGUCACUCUCAACUGCAUCGAAGAUUGUGCCAUCGAAAAAGAGUCCUUAUCCGGCGUCGCUUCAAUCGAACACGUUCCUCUCAGCCGUCUCUCCGAUGGAAAAAUUGAAUCAGCGGCUGCCGUCCUCCUCCACUCCCUCGCUUACCUCCCACGCGCUGCCCAACGCCGUCUCCGUCCUUACCAGCUUAUCCUAUGCCUGGGAUCGGCUGACCGAGCCGUCGACUCGGCCCUCGCUGCCGAUUUAGGUCUCCGGCUUGUCCACGUUGACACUUCUCGAGCCGAGGAGAUCGCGGACACGGUUAUGGCUUUGUUUCUCGGCUUGCUUCGCCGGACGCACUUGUUAUCAAGACAUACGUUGUCAGCUUCGGGUUGGCUUGGCUCGGUACAGCCUCUUUGUAGAGGAAUGAGGAGGUGUAGAGGUCUGGUAUUGGGCAUUGUUGGUAGAUCUGCAUCGGCUAAGUCUUUGGCUACUAGAAGCUUGGCUUUCAAAAUAAGUGUUCUUUAUUUUGAUGUGAAUGAGGGGCCAGGAAUAUUAAGCAGGUCUUCUAUUGCAUUUCCUUCAGCUGCUCGAAGAAUGGAUACUCUUAAUGAUUUGCUAGCUGCUAGUGAUCUUAUUUCACUUCACUGUGCUUUAACUAAUGAAACUGUUCAGAUUAUUAGUGCAGAGUGUUUGCAGCAUAUAAAGCCAGGGGCAUUUCUUGUGAAUACGGGCAGCAGUCAGUUGCUGGAUGAUUGUGCUUUAAAGCAACUUUUGAUUGAUGGGACCUUGGCUGGUUGUGCCUUGGAUGGUGCUGAAGGACCACAGUGGAUGGAAGCAUGGGUGAAAGAGAUGCCCAAUGUAUUGAUACUUCCACGCAGUGCAGAUUACAGUGAAGAAGUGUGGAUGGAGAUAAGGGACAAAGCCAUCUCUAUACUGCAGUCAUUCUUCCUUGAUGGGACUGUACCAAAAAAUGCCAUUUCUGACGAGGAAGAGGAAGAAAGUGAAAUAGGUGAGGAAAGCUAUCAAUUUCACAGACAAGACAAAGAAAGUACCCUGCAGGAUUCUGUUGUUGAGCAACUGACAAAUGAUGUUCAGGUGACUCUAGAAAGCUAUCACAAAAAAGUCACUAGUCAAUCAAUAGAAUCUACCAGCAAAGCUCAGGUUUCUGGCAUGUCUCAAAAUAUGGCCACAAGACCUGAAGGAAGACGGAACCGAUUAGGCAAGAAGGCAAAAAAAAGACACGGCCAUCAAAAAUCCCAACAGAAAUCAGGUGAUCCUUCUCAAUUAGAGAAAGAAAUUACUUCACAUCAAGAAGAUGAUACUGCUAUGAGUGGCACUGAUCAAGGGUUAAGUUCUGGUUCUCGGUUCGCAUCCCCUGAAGACUCAAGGAGUAGGAAAACACCGAUAGAAUUAACACAAGAUCCAACUUCUGGCCAGCUUUCAAGAUCAGGCAAGAAGCUCAGUGGAAAGUCUGACAAGCUUCUCAAAGAUGGGCACAUUAUAGCUUUAUAUGCAAGAGAUCACUCUGCACUCCAUGUCUCCAGGCAAAGAGUUAAAGGAGGUGGCUGGUUCCUGGAUGCUAUGUCAAAUGUGACAAAAAGAGACCCUGCAGCACAGUUCCUUGUUGUUUUCAGAAGCAAGGAUACAAUUGGGUUGCGAUCUUUUGCUGCUGGUGGAAAGUUAUUGCAGAUUAACAGAAGAACGGAAUUUGUCUUUGCCAGUCACAGUUUUGAUGUUUGGGAGAGUUGGAUGUUAGAAGGUUCUUUGGAGGAAUGCCGGCUGGUUAACUGUAGAAAUCCUUUGGCUGUUUUGGAUAUACGCAUUGAGAUUCUGGCAGCCGUGGGAGAAGAUGGUGUUAGUCGUUGGCUAGAUUGAAUUGUGCAAGCAAGAGUUGAGAAACCCAACCUUUUUACCUGCCCAUUAUGUUAUUCUUCUGAGGUUUGUGUUUCCUCAAAACAAUUUGUAAAGCAUUCUUUUCCUUUUUUUUCCUUACUGGUGUUGUAAGUUAUCAGCUAUAUAUGCACCCAUUGCCCAUGGGAUGUUUAGCCUUCUGCUGAAAUGAAUGUACUUUAUAAUUUA